UAUGGCGUAGUUUGAAUUGUGGCGAGUGAGCGCGGAGGGGUAAAGGUAAGCUUAUCCUGCGGGAGCACAGAGUCGGGAUCUCCGCCCCUUUUCGCCGACCUCGCAUUCCACAGAUUCCCACACUCCAAGCUCACCUGCACGCUUUCAAGGGCAACAAAUCAGAGGGAAAAGUGAGGCUUCACGGUGCCGGGGAGAAAACUAACACCGAAACUGUUCCUGCACGCAAGCCGGCCAAGUUUUCAUCCCGACGGGAUUGGGCAUCGAGGGCAGCGCAUGAGGAUCCCUAGAGAAGGUGCGCGUUGUAGGCGAUGACUCGGUCACAAGAUCAAGAUUAGCAUAGUAUUAGAUUAUCUCCCGCCGUGAAGAAGCCGAAAUAAGUUUUGCCUUCUGCCACACACAGACGCAACACAAAGGCUUAACACGUUCUUUGCGCAGUACUUUCUGAGUGCAAGUAUGUAACGUUAGUCCAUACCCUCGUUCGCCUUACGCACGGAUGCUUUUAUUUUUUCCCCUACGUUUUCCCCCAAUUGUUCUGCAGUUAGUGAAGGAGCGGGCGACAUAAAACGCAAUUAAUUACCUUAGGAGGACUGUUGUUCCGAUCGGCGGAGCUGCGGCUCGGAUCUACAUUGGAAGGUGUAACUUCAUCGGUAAAGUCCCCUCGUUUAGUCCCAUGCAUGUGGAGGAGUGAAUCGCGCCUCCAUACUCGUGGAGAAGAAGACAACCCCUUUUCCUCUGUCCCUCUGCUUCCACCACUGGUCCCAGUGCAAUGCGAGCGUGCAUGACGUCAGUGGGAAUGUGGGGGAAAGCCAUGCGCACUCCUGAUUGGUUCCGAUAGCAGCAAGGGGGCGUUCCCAUAUGGUGUUUGCAUUGCCGGUUUACCCAAUGACGGAAGAGCUGAUAGUUUCCUUGGUUACAAAUUUUUGUCAACUGUACAGAGAGCAGGAGCGCGAGGCACUAAUGCAUCCAAAUAGGGCUCUACAGUGAUGAGUGGAAGGGAUCUGCGUACGUUCGUUACAAACUACAGAGCAGAAGACGUGGAGCAACUGACACUGCGGAUGAAAUAUGGUCUUGGCAGCUCAAAGUACAAACCGGCUGAAUACAAAAGACUUCAAGCCAUUGUUGAUGCCAAACGCCUGGAGUCUGAUCUAAUUGGAAUAAAGGUUCAGAAGACUCGUUGUGCAGCCAAGGCAACCAAGGAGAGCUCCAUAUUACGGCAGCACAGACAGGUGUGGAGCAGAGAGUGCCCCAGGCAGCAAAAGGCUGAGGAGAAGGCUGAGAAUGACAUCCAGGAUUUUCUAGAACAGAUCCGGCCAAAUGGUAGAACAGAUACUGCCAUCUUCUCUCUUCAAGAUUAUGGGCAGCUUCUAGAGAGAGAGCAGGAGGCAUUCAGGAUAGCCACGGUGGAGCCUGUUCAUCAGCUCAAGGAUGACCUGCGCUUCAGACUGAGUGAACUUCAACAUCAGCAGCUCACUGCCCAUCGAUCAAACUGGGAACAAGUAAUACAACAGAUACACUUUGUGAAGGACCAGCAAGAUGACAUAACUGCAAAACUUCAAGCAGAGUACCUGGCCCUGGAGGGGGAGAUCAUUGGCCUUGGUUUAGAAAAAUAUCUUACGAGUACUUCAGAUGAUCUGGUGAACAUAGAAAACAUUCCAGAGGAGGUUUUGAAUUCAGACUGCCCUUACCCAGAGCUGAAGGACUCCCUGAUCCAGGCCUUCCACUCCCUGUCAGAAAGGUACCAGAGCAGGCUGCACAAUCUCCAAGAUCAACUGCAAACAACUGACAGGUUCUGUGGCUGGUGUGCAGAUGACCACCAACGCUUCCAGUUCACUUUGUCACAGUACACUCAUGACAUACCCAACCACAGGGCGCUCUACAUGGACAUGCUGCAAAGACUCUUCCCUGAGAAAACUAGACAAGAGCUGGUGGAACAUGAACGUGUGUGGGACUGGCUGCGCUUCACCCAGGCACAGCUGAGAGUGGUGACCCAGCAAUGUCAGCGAGACCAGGAAGAGCUGCUGGCCAGAGCCCUGUUCACCCUGCAGGAGGCGAGACAUGCCCACCAGGAGGAGCUGGAGCUCCACAGAGGCCACCAGCACCAGCAGGACAUCUGCUCGCAUCUCAGAGAGAAGCUGCAGCAGUGGCGGGCCCAGCAGGAGGAGGUGGCAAAGCUAGAGGCAGCUAUAGCUUCUAGACAACAAGAGGACGAAGAGGCGAGGCUAAAGAGGGAGCAGGAGAAGGAGGCUGCUGUCAGAUCACAGCACAAAGAGAAAGUCAGGCAGUUUCAUUUACAGCAGCAGACGAGGAGGGAGAUGCUGGAGGCGAGGGAUCAAGAGAGACUCGCUAAUCUGAGGAGCGUCAUGGAAGAACAGGCAAGGCGAGAUAAAGAAAGGGUCCUGUUUCGGGGCGAUAUGUUGCAGCGGCGAAGGGAGGAGAGAGAGGCACGGGAGCUUGAGCGGCUGAGAGAAGAAGAAGAGAAACAGAAUCAUCUGGAAGUUCUCAGAAACCAGGUUAGGGUGGUGGCAGAGGCAGACCCAGAGAGGAUGAUGGCAGAUACAGAGGCUUGGAGGGGUCGACUCUUGAAUGUAGAGGAGUUUCAGCUCCAAAGGCCUCUCUAUAGCAUCAACACGUACACAGACACACAGAUUGUGUCUGAUCCAAGAGUGCGGGUUGAGCAGGCUCUACGGGAGGCUGGUCUGCACCACAGCCAGUAUGCCAAAGACCUCCUCUCUGUUAUCAAGCCCCCUAAACCACCGAGACGAGAUACCAAAUCCAUACUCAAAUUCUGACCGGGGGCUUGUUUGGGGUCACGUUAUUAAGUCCAACCCUUGUUCUGCUUUUAUCAAAUGUAAAUGUAUGCUUUUUAAUAAGCUGCACGUGUAAGAAUCAUAUUUACAGUUGGACAGAUCACACAGUUUAGUGUGACCAAGUGACACAGAGCAAUUACCGUUAUUGACUUUUAUUGAAAGUUUUAUACUCUUCAACACCUCAUGAGUAAUACAGUAUCAUACAGUAGCACUGAGUGACAAUAAACAUGCAGCUCUAACAGAUGAUGAUGACAUCUCUGCACAUUUAUCAAUAUUUAUUGACCGUUUGUUACUUUCAGGAAUUGUGCAUUUGCAUAAACAAGCUUGUGUGGCACAAACAACUCAAUGACAUUGAUUAUGUGUGUGUGCUGCGAACAACACCCUAACUUUCUGUGUGUGUGUGUGUGUGCUGGACACACCUGACUUCCCUCGUGGAUGCUCUCACUUCCUCAAUGUUCGAGCGCGUUUCAGGUUACACCCGUUUAUGUGUUCAGACAACAACCCAACAUCUGUUAUGAUCUCAGCCUUUAAGGACCCCACCCUGCUUACAUCAGCUCUUUCCACACACACACAGAC